AACUACUAAAAUUCCAAGGUAUUCAAUUAAGACUUUUGGAAUUUAAGAAGUCAUUUAAUUAUGUCAUACUACAAUAAACUGUAUUAUUACGGUUCACUAAAUGGAAUAAGGAAUUAUGACAUCAAACCAAACAGAUUUUCUUAGUCUAUCACAAAAUGAUUAUCACGUAAAUUUUAUGGACAGAAACAAUGAUGAGUAUAAUUAGCCCAUAAAAACCGAGUAAUCGCUUAUUGGGGAUAUUAAAUUGCCUUGCUUUAUAAAGGACGCUUUCUGCAAAAUAUCAACUAGAAUAGGAAAUGGCGGAUAACGUAAUCAUCGGUGUGUUUCUUAUCCUUUGUUUAGCAUGGCAAGCGAACGCUGCAGUCAACUGUACACUAAGUGGAGAGGGUCGACAUGCCGAUCCAGAUGACACUACCUGCCAAAAUUACACUCUAUGCGUCUACGAUAGUACUUCUGGUGCUUACCUCUCAUACAACUACGUAUGCCCAACCACUUCGGUCUUCAAUCCUUCAAUUUCACAAUGCACCGCGUCCAGCAACUACGUCUGUAAUGUCACCGCUACAACCACAACUGCAACUUCCACUACUACCACCCUCAUUACUACCACCCCUAUUACUACCACCCCUAUUACUACUACUCCCAUUACUACCACACCAAUUACUACCUCACCCUUUACUACCACCCCCAUUACUACCACUCCCAUAACUACCACUCCUAUUACUACCACCAUCACCACUAUUACUACCACUACCACCACUAUUGCUACUACAACUGCGACGCCAUCACUUUGCACAGAAGAUGGUUAUAUCCCGGAUCCUGAUUCCACUAAUUGCACCGCCUAUAUAGAAUGCGUAGACAUUGAUGGCAGUUUCAUCGAAACUCCAUAUACUUGUCCAGAUGAUUCUUACUUUGAUCCAAAUACCACUUUCUGCGUGUAUGACUAUAAUUGUACUGCUACCUUCACAUGUUCGUCUGAGGGAAGAUUUCCUGAUCCAUCGGACACCACUUGUAAGACGUAUUAUCUGUGCGUGCUAGCGAGUAAUGGAACCUACUUCGGGUAUAAUUACACAUGCCCUUCUACAUCGGUGUUCAGUCCUACGGAGCAAUUUUGCACUACUUCUUAUAUAUGUACAUAAAACAAGGUUUGUGGAAAUCUUUUUAAGUUUAAUUAAUUUUAAUUACAUUUAGGUGCACGUUUUUGAAGUUAUGCAAAAAGAUUUCUACUGCAGUUUGAAUAGUGUCAACUCCGGAUAUCAUCUCCUAAACCUAUUGUGAAAUUUAAAUUUAUAGUUCUAUAAUUACGUAACAAACCACGUAUGAAAUAAGUUUUGACUAAAUACAUAACUUGUUCUUAGAAUUCAAAUUCAAAUCUAAAUUUAAGUUCAAAUUUGUUCUUAGAAUGACUAAGUGGCUAAAGUUAAAAAAUAGUUUGAAAGAUAGAAAUUGUAAUAUAAUACAUUUCAGUUCUGACUUUUUCAAGGUACAACGAUAUCUUAUCCGUGUAAAAUUCAAUUAAAUAUCAUGCGAAUAUAUGUUUACUCUAAUAUUAGUAACUAUAAACAUUACUUGUUAAUGUAGAUAUAUUAUUAUCUACUUAGUUAAAUAUAGUCAAAAUGUACAAUAUUUUGAUGUAAGUACCAUUACAAGAAACGAGUAUGAGUGAUAAACUAUCAGUGUCACAAAUAAUUCUGAUACUGAUAGUUUUUACUGAACAUCUUUUAGUAAAAUCAAUUUAUUGUUAUCCUGCUACAGUCUACUAGUGGGUACUGUCAUCUGAUUACUUUUCGAUCCUUUCGUAGAUUUUAUUAGUUUACUGAGAAGUUUACUUAUGUCAUCGCUCCCCUAGCCACAUAUACGUACCAUAGUUAUGGUGUAUAAUUGUUUUUUUAUUUUUGUAGCAAUAUAUUUUUUUAGAAUAAAACACAUUGAUUAUUUAUAGGAUUUUAAUUUUAAUUUCUUAUAAUACUGACUUGAACAUCUUCAUAAAAGUAAGUAGAUAUAGAUAUAAUAAAUUUCUUUUUUACUUUUCCUAGAGACUCGGAUUUUGAUAUUAAAACAGUUUCGAAUUAUAAUUACAUUGUUACAUAAAAAAAAAAAAAAACUUAUGUUUUAGCAUUGUAAUUUGCUAUUAAAUUUUCUAUUUGUUUUGAAUAUUCUAAAUAUAAGUAUCCAAAUAAUUUAAGACUUUAAUAAAAGUCAGUCACUGUCUUGUGUUGUGUUCCUUUUUUGUAUUUCUGACAAUGUAUUUACUUUCUGUGGAUUUUAGAUCAAUAGGAUACUGUACCUCAGCAUUUAGAAGAGUUACAAGUUCUCUAGCUUUUUGAAGGUUGUGAUUUAAUUUAUGUAUUGAAUAUUCAUUAUUAACAACAGUAAUAUAUCUGUUAGCAUAAGGCUGUAUUUUCUCAGGUAUUAAGCUUAGAUUAGCAAUAGGUUUCUUCAUGGUGGCAUAAAAAGUUUUGAAAUAGUUCUCUCUAGCAUUAUUUAUAAAUGAUGCUGGUAUCUUUGUUUUUUCUCUUUUACCACCAACAGAUAUUGUACUAUCUGUAACUCCGAAAACAUUAUUGAUACCUGUAUAAGAAGAGAUGUUGUGCUUAUUUAUUUUUAUGGUUUUAUUAAGGUCCUUAAAAAAAUUUUGUAGAUAAUUUUCAUUGUCGAAUUCAGGGAAGCUUGUAACUAAGUAGGCAGAUUCAUUUAUACGACGUACUUGAUAUGUUUUAAUGCUAAAUGAAAAUGUUAUUAAACUAAUUAAUACACACUGCAAAAAUAUAAUCUUUGUGUAAAUACAACUAGACAUGAAAUUGUAUAAAAUUACUAUAUUUUAAUCAUAUGAUAUGUUACUUUGACAUAAUUAAAUCGAUCUAUUAAAAUAUCA